AUGCGAGCGACGCCCGUCUUAUGGAGCACCGCGAGAGUGCUCGCCGUUCUCUCCCUGGCCACGACACUCUCAACGGCCACCACGACAAUCGGCGCCGACUACGAAGACUACGAUGCGACUGCCGAAUAUUUGGGGCGCUUCCGGCGCCACUACAGCCCGACGCGCACGAUCUACCCGGAAGCGGAGCCGACGGAAAGCGACCGUCAGCCCCCCGCGGCGCCACUAGUCAACGCGCCCAGCCUCCACCGCCGCGACACCGGCGAGUCCAGCGUCCUCCGCAGCGACGAUGAGCCCCAACCAAGAACGGGCCCCUUCCUCGUCGACGCCACCCACCCGAUCUACAUGGUCGUGCCGCUGCCCGAAACCGACGACCCGAGCAUGGGCCGCAACCCGUUUCGACUGUCGAUCCCGCGCGUUGAGCCGAUUAUCGACCUCGGCAUCGAAGAGGUCGGGCGGCGCGGCUGGCUCCCCAACAACUCGAUCGUCGUCCUCUACAGGAACUCGCAAAUGUCGGACGCGCACGGGCCGAACGUCGUCAUCGACAUGCUCGUGCAGAACAAACUCGACAUCAUCGUUGGAUACGCAUACGUGUACGCCCUGGCGCCGGUGGCCCGGAUGUGUCCAUUCUGGCGGGACAAGGACUCGCAGGGAAUCCCGGUCAUCACCCCCAUUGGCCUUACCGGAAAUCUGGACGACAAGCGGGAGUACACGAUGAUGACCAGGAUCAACUCGCCCUACAAGUUUCUUCGCGAGUCGAUCAAAGCGCUGUGGAGGGAGUACGAGUGGGAGCGGGCCGUCUUCCUAUUCCACGACCCGCGCUACCGUAACAAGGAUCAGUCCCAGCCGAGCGGCGAGUGCUACCUGGCGCUGGCGACGAUCAAGUACUUCUUCAAGGAGCGCAACCAGUCCGACUACGAGCAGCACGACUUCUUCAUCUUCAACGAGAUGUACCUGAACGACAGCCGGGCCAUGUUCCGCGACUACCUCCAGAAGGGCAGCUUCCUCACCAACGUCCAGUUUCAAGCUUUCCGGGCUUCAUUUUCGUGCAGCGACGAGUUCGUCAAGUUCAGACGCACUUCCUGCGCUUUG